AUACAUAUGAAAACAAAAUACACACAUACAAAAAUAGUGUUGUUGAUCUAAUUUAGUCCGAGUUCUAUUUUCAAAAACAGCGUCUUGCGACAAUAGAGAAUCUUGUGGAAUGAAGGGAACUCUCGCGUGAGGAAGGAAGUCCUAGCAGGAAAUAUACAUGUCGUUAAAGAUCCCAAUGUUUACCUCGUGGUCCAGCUACCCACAGCGGCAGACGACAGUCCUACCUCAACCAGUGGUUCCCGCCAGUUUAGCUAAGCAUCCCCAACAAUGGACCAAGGAAGAGGUGGCAGCGUGGCUCCGGUGGUGCGGGGAGGAGUACUCGAUAGAGGCGGUUCCCGCCGACAAGUUUGACAUGAAUGGAAAAGCUCUGUGUCUUUUGAAGAGAAGCGAUUUUAUGGAGCGAGUGCCAAAGAAUGGAGACCUCCUGUUCAAUGCAUUAAAUAAGCUUGUGCAGAAAAACUCAGGUACCUUUGAGGGUCAAUCCCAGUCAGGAUCUCCCUACCAAAAUAUCUCACCCUCACCGUCCACAUUUCAGAUCCCACAGCAGUUUUCUUCGCCAGAUCAGACUAACGGUGGGCUAGUUCUUAUAUCCCGGUCCAAUGCCCAGACAACACAAGUGUACACUACCAAAGUGAGGCCGUUUGUUCCCAUACUUCCACAUCCGGCGAAUCACAUCCCAAAACAAGAGAUACCCCCUGUAACCACUGUACCAGGUAGGAUUUUAAGUCCUGCGCCCAGUCCCUCCGACACCGGAAGUGGAUCUGACGUAGAUUCCUGUACAGAAUAUGACGAUCGCAUGACGUGUAGAAAUCCAAUUCAGCCAUUGCAAUUGAACUACAUGAAUCAGCUACGCCCAACGAUGGCCACAGGUUCAGAGCUUGUUCCAUUUCUACGAAGCAAGGAAUCAGGUAUGAAUUGCCGACUGUUAUGGGAAUUUAUAUACCAGCUUCUCCAAAACCCAUACUACAAAGAAUAUGUCUGUUGGGAAAAAUUAGAUGACUAUGUUUUCAGGAUCAACAACCCAACAGGAUUGGCACAACUCUGGGGUCACCAGAAAAACCGAACGAACAUGACUUACGAGAAACUCUCUCGGGCACUCAGAUAUUAUUAUAGAAUGAAUAUCAUCAAGAAAGUCUCUGGAAAACGACUUACAUAUAAAUUUAUGCAACCUCCUUGCAAUAUACAGAAAGGCCAAAGGGGAGCAAAGCCCCACAGCCGAUCAAAUUUGUUAUCCUCGUGUAAAGACGAAGAAGUAGAUGAUUUUGAUGACGACAUGCGCACAGACGACACUUUAUCGUCAGAAUUGUCGCAGGCUUCAAUAGAAUCAAGAGCUAUCAAACUCGAGAUUCCGGACUGCCACGAGUUCUCACGAACGGACGUUUCCCGGGAUAAACUUACGAGGAGUAUGUCGUACCCGGGAAUGGUGCAUCUGUCCUCGACCAGUAACUCCGCCGAUGCGAUGGAUCAACCAAUUGACUUUACAAUGACAACGCUAAAGCGAAAAGAAAAGUCUGUUGAUGACAGUGCUUCAUCUCCAAGGACAUGUACACAAAUGAGUUUUCCACUAACCAUUAAUGACGCCUUGUCAACCAACAGUUGACCAAUCACUGUAUUGGGUGGGGUCGUCAACAGUUGACCGAUCAUUGUAUUGGGUGGGGUCACCAACAGUUGACCGGUCAUUGUAUUGGGUGGGGUCGCCAACAGUUGACCGAUCACUGUAUUGGGUGGGGUCACCAACAGUUGAUCGAUCACUAUUGGGUGGGGUCACCAACAGUUGACCGAUCACUUUAUUAGGUGGGGUCGCCAACAGUUGACCGAUCACUGUAUUGGGUGGGGUGCUCUGUGUAUAUUCAGUGGUUUGUGAUUUUCUAGGGUUGUUCUCAAAGUGCAACUGAAACCGGUGCUCAUUGUUGACUGUGAAAGACUAACGCUACUGUGUCAGAAGUGCAAGUGAUUUUUUUAUACAAAUCCUCAAUUUUACUAUUGAUAUCAAUAGCAAGACUGUGUUAUGCGAUUUCAUAUUGUAAAGGGAAUCGCUCUUAUGGUUUUGUAAAUAUGUGGUCGUUAUUAUUUGAUAACGUAAAUACUGAUUUAAAAUCGAUUACGUGAAAUAAAAUGUCAUUCAUAACGUC